AUGAAGACCAAGUAUGCAAUUGUCUUCAUCUGUAUCGUGGCCCUGGUCAUCAUUGAAAAGGAAAGCAACAUCCUAUCAAGGGUCUCUGAUAAACUGAUCCAGAGGCAGAUUCCACAGCAGACCCCACAGACUCCACUGGAUUACAGCAACACAACACAAAAUGGCUCCCUGACGAUGUUCAAAAUGCUGCUCUCUAAACUCACCGGUGCAAAAGUGAAUUACUCAAGUCCCUCCGAGGAGCAGGAGGAGGACGAACUAGAUGACUUGGGCACAUACAGAUUUAACGGUGGCCAGAAGCACAUCUUACUCAUGGCCACCACGCGAACAGGUUCCUCAUUUGUGGGGGAAUUUUUCAACCAGCACGGGGAGAACAUGUUCUACCUGUUUGAGCCUUUGUGGCACGUGGAGCGCAUGCUGACCACGGCCUCAGAGGCAAACAACGGAACAGUGUUGGCAGGAAUCUACCGGGAUGUACUCCAGGGGCUCUUCCUGUGCGAUUUGUCCCCCCUCGAGAAGUUCAUCUCUCCCCCACCUCAGGACCACAUUACGCCGGCUCUUUUCCGCAGAGAGUCAAGUUUAUCGCUCUGUGAAGAAUCUGUCUGCAGUCCUGUAGUCAAAGAUGUUUUUGAAAGGUAUCACUGUAAGACUCGUCGCUGUGGGCCGCUGAACUUGACCCUUGCCUCUGAAUCCUGCCUCUCCAAGCAACACCACGCCAUUAAAACUGUCCGUGUGCGUCAGCUGGACACAUUGCAGCCUUUGGUGGAGGAUCCUCGCCUGGAUGUGAGAGUGAUCCAGCUAGUCCGAGAUCCACGGGCCAUCUUAGCAUCCCGCAUGGUGGCUUUCUCUUCGAAGUACCAGACGUGGAAGACCUGGGCGCAGGACGGCCAGGUCCCCGAAGAUGAUGAGGAGGUGAAGAGGCUCAAAGGAAACUGCGACCAGAUUAGGAUGUCAGCAGAGGUGGGACUAAGCCAACCUCGCUGGCUGAGGAGACGCUACAUGUUGGUGCGUUAUGAGGAUAUUGCCCGCUACCCCAUGCAGAAGGCAGAGGAAAUGUACAGGUUCACGGGGAUACCAUUUAGUUCCCAAGCUAGGGAGUGGAUACUGAGGAACACCCAGACCACGCGGGAAGCUAGCGGGAUUUACUCCACGCAAAAGAACUCAUCAGAGCAGGCAGAGAAAUGGAGAUUUAGCAUUCCCUUCACACUGGCUCAGGUAGUGCAGAGAGUGUGUGGUCCGACCAUGAAGAUGUUUGGGUACAGAUUUGUGGAUGACGAAAAGACACUGAUCAAUAAGUCCAUCAGUUUGCUUGAAGAUAAACUAUUUAAUUAA